AGACUCGGAAGGCAGCUGAAGCGGGACAAAACACCGCCCAAAAUAAACUCGUCUCUCUCUCUUUCUUUCCUUUUAUCCUUUCUCGUCUUCUUUCCUCUUUUAUUUUCCUUGGAUUUCUCUAUCUACGGGCUACAAAAGCUGAAUAUUCCCUUCCUCUGUCUCGCCGCUUAAUUUAAGCCUCCAACUGCAGCUCUCCCCAGCUUUGCCCAGAGAAAAUGAAGAAAGUGGUGUUGAAAUUGGAAUUUUCUGAUGACAAAGUGAAACAAAAAGUCAUGCAAAAGGUGUCUGGCCUCGUAGGGAUUGAAUCAGUUGCAAUAGAUAACAAGGACAAGAAACUGACUGUAGUCGGUGACAUUGAUGCAGUCAAAAUAGUUUCCAAAUUAAGGAAGCUCUGUUACACUGAUAUAGUGUCUGUUGGACCAGCAAAAGAGCCGGAGAAGAAGAAGGACGAGUCACAAAAGAAAGAUGACCCCAAAAAGGGAGGGGACGAAAAGAAGGGAGGAGGAGGUGGUGGUGGUGGAGAUAACAAGAAGAACGAAUCAAAAGGUGAUGCCGUGAAAGCCUACCCGGCUUAUCAGCAACAUUACCUACCGGCCUAUCACCAAAACUACCAGCCACCGAUGCCGUAUCAGUACCAUCAUUACCAGCCAACAGCGCCGGCAUACUACGCCAGGAGUGCGGAGGAGGAUCCAAAUUCUUGCGUCAUAUGCUAACUUCCAAGGAUUAGAUGAAAUUCGGAGUCUUGGAUCAUGCAAGCAGCUCCCAUAAGACGCCGGCAGUGCCAGUUUCGUCUUUUAUAUAUAUAUAUAUUUUAUUUUUGGGUGUCAAUCCUAAGGAUGAUUAUUGUCAGUGCGCAGUGGUAUUGGAGAAAGUCAAGAAGAGAGGGCUGUUUCGUACAAUGUACAGUAGGUGAUGCUUUCAAUGAUGAUCUAGUUGCUAAUAAUUUUUUGGUUGAAUACCGUGUUGGCUUUGGUUUGUUUA